CCUUUAGAUACCCCGCGGUAUAACAAACGGUGUGGAAAAAACACGGAAGUACGACAAGCGAAGAGAAAGUUCAAUCUGGCAUAUUUUUCUCCAUCGCGCCGGGUUGGCUAUAAUAUCGUAAAGCGUAGUAGUAAAACGGGUCCAGGAGUACGGAAUAUCGAUUUUUUCCGUUUGUGCGCGGUGUGGGAGGCAACAAUACCAUUUGAAUACGUGACAUCGACCACGACGCGCGUUUCGUAGGGUAAAAAAAACUCCCUUUUCCGUCGUCCUUCGUGUUACCCUGCGUUUGAAACGAGUUUGUUUUCCUUUUUCAACGUUUCGUGCGAGGAAAUUUUCGCAGUGAGACAGUGGUGGACGGAACGAACAGAGAAGGCGAAACGACUGAGUGCAGUUUGACGAAACCAACGGCGCUUUUCCUCGUCGCGUGUAAAUCGGAUUUGGUGUUGAGGAAGAAGUUAAAAAUAAAACUGCCGCAAACAUGGCUUUCAUGAUGCCGGUGAUGAAAAACGAGUUCGAUAUCUACAAAGGCCGGCAGCGGCGGAUAUCGGAGUGCUCGAACCAGAGCAACUGCCGGUCGCGCAAGGUGUCGGAAAGCUCGCGCUCCGAUGGGCCCAGCAGCCUGUCCACUUCUCCCGGAACCGAUGGAGGGUUCAUGGCAGGUUCGCCGGCCCAUCGCAGCCACCCAAUGUACAUGUCCCAUCUGGCGUCCCGGUCGCAGUUCUCCCGCAAUUCGUCGCGCACUUCCCAGAGUUCGCUGAUCGCGUCCAGCCCUUCGAAGGCAAGCGCGGGCAGCAGUCCACCGAAGGCGACCAACGGGACGUCGGUGCCGGCGGCGGCGACCGUCGGUAGCCAAAACAGCCUGAACAAGUUCCACACGCGGCUCGUCGACAAGCUCCGGAAGUCGCUUCGCAAGAGCAAAUCCUCCGAUGGGCGAUCAUGAGCAGGGAGCGGUGGAGGUGGCCCCGAAGACGAGCAAGAAGUAGGAGAUACAACACAUCCUCCGGAUGUGGACGAUGACAACGACGACGAUGACGCACCGGUGGCUAGGCGAAAGGAAGCGCGUAGAAGCCGGGCGACGAACCGCCGGCCAGACGCAGCAGUGCUGGGAGUUUGUUCGGACAGUGUUCUUCACUGUGUGCACCACCGGAAACCUCCCAUACCUCUGUACAGCAACACCACUCCCACGGCCACCACAACGACGACGACAACGAAGAUGACAACGAUGACGGCAGUGGGACAAAGGAAGGUCCGAUCCAGGCGGGGUACAUUCAGCGCUCCAAGGUAACUUGCCGCUCCCCGUGCAGCGGGUGCACCGCCACUAUCCUGUGCACCCUUUUUGCUUCACGGCCCUCGUCGGGAUCAACGGCUCCCAAAGACCCAAACUCAAGACAACACCGAAAGCGACGGGUCGACCAUAGCGAAGGCGGGUGGUUAUAAUGUAAUCAAUAUUAUCUCUAGUAGAACGGCCACUCGCAGCAGCUACACUGGCAGCGCCAACAGCAGAAGUAGCAGAAACAGCAUCGUAAGCGUAAGACAAGAUACCUUUAAGAAUAUAUUGAAAACGGGUGCGCAGCAUAAACAAAAUAUACACCAUAAUUUAAUCAGUAACUACGUUCUCUACGGCUAGCUAUCGUUAUCAGCAUCGAUCAUAUACACAAAGUUUUGUUUUACGUCACACAAUAUUGCAAAUUGUUCGCCUUCGCUUAGGAAUGUCUAUCAUGCUAGGAUCGUAAGGAUCUUUUCGCAACUAUCAUACCGUUUCCCGGUAACCGUUCCCGUCUCUCUAACCUGUAAGCAGCAGCGGUAUAUUUUGUAGUAAACAUUAUUUUGGCUUUUUAUGCUGGAAACGUUAGACGUUAGGUGUACAGUAGGAGGAGAGUCCUACAUCUACCUAGCUAUCUCUCCUGAUGGAUGAAUCUGUCAUUCACACCACGUACUACAGUGUAGUGGUUCCUAUAUGUUCCUUUACUUUUACCGUAACAAUCUGAUCCGGUUGCUAUGUUGGAAUUUUUUCCUUUCUCUAUCGGUUUUUCUAACGGUCUCUAACUCAACCACCGAGGAUGAGUCUUCGUUUCUUCCGACGAAUCGUACGACAAACUAUUUUGCUUUUGGAUCCACUUUGUCAGUAAAUUACAUAAAAAGAAAGAGGUGGGAGUCGAGAGCUCAAAAAACGAAAAGGAUGCAUGAAAAGUAUGUUCAAUACCUUGAUCCAAACCUGUGAUACACGUUCGGAACUGUACAGAUUUUGUUUGUUUAUUACAUCGAUCACUGUCCAAGGACGCAAGCCGGGGACAGCUGGGCUUUCCCUUCAACGGCAAUGGCAAUCGGAAGUGCAUCGUGCAUUAGUAGUAGGCGGCUUUUUUUGCCAAGUAGUAGAACACACCGGCCAGGGAACGACGGCAAACGCUACUGUUCCCAUUGGCAAAUUGCAAAGACCACAAACAACGAAGUGAGAAAAGGUAGAACCAAGUUAGUGAAACUUCUAAAAAAAAAAAACACGAAACAGGACCGUUUUGGACGACGCACAUUUGCGAUCGGUUUCGGUAUUCUUGAGCAUUUUCUGCACACAAAUUUCCCUCAUGUUAAACUAUUUACUCUCAACACUGGUCCUAACUAUUUGUUUUCCUUGCUCUGGUCCAUUUUGCAAAUGUCCAUAGCGACAAGGUGUUUUAGACACAUUUAAUUAGCUGUGAUUUAUCGAAUGAAAUGAUAUUGUUAAAUGCUUUUAAGAAAAUGGAUAAACAUAUACACAACAUGCACAUUCGUACUAUUUUAGUGCCCACUCCGCAGUUCAAGCGUGCUUUUGCGUGCUGUAUAGUUUUACAUUGGCAUGCAAACGUGGCUUGGGAGACAGGCAGAGUUAAAAAGUAAAUAUAUAUUUUGAUUGAAUGAAUUCGUCCGUGGAAUUGAGCAUUCUAAAAUACGUAAUAAGGUGCAGUAUUGAGAUGAGAAAAAAGAACUCUAAACAAGCUUUUUCGAUCCAACACGCCACAAAACGCAACCACCACAAGCAACGUAACGUGCAUUAGUGUAGAGCAGGAGCUUGGGCGAGAGAAACACAGUAUAGUAUAUUUAAAAAAAACUUAUGUAUACUGUUACGCUUACAAAAAAAAACUAAACACUCAUCGAUACUAUGCUACUUCUACCAAGGGGCCGCAACACUGGAAAAAUAUAGUUCACUAUGAACGGUGUCACAGGAAAAUGGAUAUCUAACGCAGCACGAGUGCUAUAAAAUAACCACUUAGUGUUACUAAGUGUUAUGAAAAUAGGGGUUCCCAGGCUUUUCCUACCAUUCUUUGGACGGAUGGUAUCGAUUUUAAUUUGCACCGAUUCAAUUAAAAAAUGGUCUUACAUUGUGCACCAUUUUAUUUAUUUUUAAAUAAGACAACGGAGAAACUGUCAACUACUUAACUUGUGUGACUGGCGUUUCCGUUGGCAAGCUCUGACGUUCGCGUUGGCGUAUUCCAAGUUUAUGGCCGUAGUGGGGCCUUUGGGGGUGGGGUGGACUGGCGUUGUUGAUGAUUCAGUCAGUCGAGGGUGCAAUUUUUCUACCGCUUGUUUCUCGCAAACACCGCGAUCUCUGCAUCAGACGGAUUCAAAGCAGUACGCCGCAAAUGUACGCCACAACCGGCUCAAACCGGAAAGUGAGUUUUCAAACUCGCUGCCGGCGGCGGAUUCGUUUAGAUGGGCACGGCGCUGUAUGACGACGUCAACGACGACGAUGUGUGUGCGAUUAUCAUCGCUGACCAUAUUGUUGUGGAACGGCGUAUCUGGUUUGUACUCGGUCCCGGUUAAAACUGGAACUAAUGCGAUGCCAUAACACACCCUGGGAUCAUCGCUCUUUUGCCGGCUGAUACAUGAAGGCAUUUUAAAUCAAAAUACAGAUGAUUACAAAAUGAUGGUACAGUAGUAAGUUUGGAAGAAUCCUCAUCAUUACCCUUCCCGUCCCACUGUCCACCCUGUGUCCGGAAACCCCUGAGAGAGCAGAGAUGAGAUGGCAUACCGUUACGAAGAGUGCUGGAAAAUUGUUAUUGCCGGAAAUUUGAGACGAAAAGUAAUGGAACACGGCACGACUGCAAGUGCGUCCUUUUUGGAAGCGACGGAUUGGAAUAGAUCUUUAUUGAUUUUUCGCUCACUAUCAAUCGAAAAAGACUGCUGCUGAAUUUAAAAAACAAAAAAAAAACAAAAAAAAAAAACACAUAAAUCAAUUUAUUAUUGUGUAGAUGAUUAUUAAGUUCAUAUUUCGUACGUAUUUAA